AUGUUCAGCUUCACGUCUUUGGGAGGUCGUAUUGAUAGAGAUAUAAAUACUGGAAAAGCACCUCCAGUUUUUAGACUAAACGGUCAAAACUUCCACUUGAUUGGUAGUUUGUUACCUGCUCCUGGUACAAAACCAAAAUUUGCUCAACUGUACAUUCAUGACCCUGAACAAGAACUGUUUAAUCGCCUCAACUCAGUAGGGGGUACUACUGAUAUUAAUCAUCUUCAUGAAGAUAUUGUGUCUGAUCUUCAAUCAGUGUUAGAUGAGAAUAAUGUCUUGGUUCAGUCAUUUAGAGUGGCACGAAAUGCUAUUCUAACAAAUCCUACAGUUGAUGUGAGAAUGAAAUUGUUGGGGAAACGCAACCAUGAUGGCAAGACUUACAAUUUACCAACUGUGUCUGAGGUGGCUGCUAUAGUUGUUGGAGAUUUGGAUCCAUCGAUGGGUGAAAGGGAUAUAUUGAUAGAAACAAGGUCUGGAUUACUAAAGAGGAUUAGUGAACUUAACCCGGCAUAUCUCCCUCUUCAGUAUCCAAUUCUGUUCCCAUAUGGUGAAGAUGGUUAUAGAGAAGACAUCCCUUUUGCAGUUGAGAAGGUAUUUGGUCAGGGUGGGAGGCACAGUUUGUCCAUUCGUGAAUACCUUACUUUUCGUAUUCACGAGCGACUUAAUGAGAUUUCAACUUUUCUAUAUGCUAGAAGAUUAUUCCAACAGUUUUUAGUUGAUGGGUAUACAAUGGUUGAAUCUUCUAGAUUACUUUAUAUUCGCACACAUCAACAAAGUCUGCGAUGUGGAUCUUAUAAAGGUUUGUUUGAUGCAUUGACUCGUGGUGAAGUUGAUCCUACGACCCAAGGGCGACGAAUUGUAUUGCCUUCUUCUUUUACUGGUGGUGCACGAUAUAUGGUUCAAAAUUAUCAAGACGCAAUGGCAAUAUGUGCUUGGAUUGGUUAUCCAAAUGUAUUUAUCACAUUUACGUGCAAUCCAAAGUGGCCAGAAGUGCAACGAUUCUUGGAUCGCCGACAAUUGAAAGCUGAAGACCGUCCAGAUAUUAUGUGUCGUGUUUUUAAAAUGAAAUUGGAAGCUUUAAUGAAAGAUUUGCGUUCUGGCCAUGUUUUUGGGAAAGUUGUUGCUGUUAUGUACACAAUUGAAUUUCAAAAAAGGGGUUUGCCGCAUGCACACAUCCUUCUCUUUCUUGAUCGUGCUGAUGCUACUACUUUUGGUAAUGACAUUGAUUCUAUUAUAUCAGCUGAGAUUCCGAACAAGGAUAGUGAUUUUGAGUAUUACAAAGUGGUUGAAGAGUUUAUGAUACAUGGUCCUUGCGGUCUUGCAAAUGUCAAAUCUCCAUGUAUGGUGAAGGGUCGAUGCUCAAAACACUUUCCAAAGAAUUUCGUCGAGACUUCAAGUUUAGAUUCUCAUGGGUAUCCUAUCUAUCGGCGUCGAGAUAAUGGUAAUAUUAUAUUUAAAGGUGGUAUUCAGAUGGAUAAUCGAUUUGUUGUGCCCCAUAAUAGAUAUUUGUUGAUGAAAUAUAGAGGUCACAUUAAUGUAGAGUGGUGUAAUCAAUCUCGCUCUAUCAAAUAUUUAUUUAAAUAUGUAAACAAAGGAAAUGAUCGGGUGACUGCACACUUUUAUAAGACUGCUGGUGAUGAAGAUUGUAAUGAAGUUAUAGAUGAGAUUAAUAUGUAUUAUGAUUGUCGUUACAUUUCUCCGUGUGAGGCUGCUUGGCGAAUAUUCGGCUAUGACGUCCAUUAUCGCAACCCGUCUGUUGAGCGUCUGAGUUUUCAUUUGCCAAAUGAACAGAGUGUUGUUUUUGAUGAUGAGGUAUCUGUUCAGUCUGUGCUUGAAAGACAAACAAUUAAAGACAGCAUGUUCUUGGCAUGUUUCCGUGAUGCAUGUUAUGCUCGUGGAUUGAUUUCUGAUGAAAAAGAAUAUGUUGAUGCAAUCAUUGAGGCUAGCCAUUGGUCAACUGCUAAUGCUCUUCGGCGCUUAUUCGUUACGUUACUAACAUCUAAUGUGCUUUGCCACCCAGAGAAAGUUUGGGAGGUUGUGUGGCCCCAUCUAUGUGAGGAUGCUGAGUAUAACCAACGAAGAGUAUUAGUUAAUGCAGACUUAUUAUUGUCUGAUCAUAUGAAGAAGAUGUAUGGCUUGGUUGAAUUGGAGAAACUCUUGUCUUCUUGGAGUAAGUCUUUAGUUGAUUAUCCAUGCAUGCCAUUACCUGAUAUGUCUUCUUUGCAAUUGUCUCAAAAUCGCUUACUUUUACAAGAAAUGUCUUAUGAUUGUGAUCUUCUUCAACAAGAACAUGAGUCUAUGGUACAAAAAUUAACUACUGAACAACGCCAAGUUUAUGAAACUGUUCUCGAUUCUGUUUCAAAGGUCAAUGGCGGUUUGUUUUUUGUGUACGGUUAUGGUGGUACUGGGAAGACGUUUGUCUGGCGCACUUUAUCUGCUGCUCUUCGUUCUCAGCAUAAAAUAGUGCUUAAUGUUGCAUCCAGUGGAAUCGCUUCACUAUUGAUGUCUGGCGGCCGGACUGCACAUUCUCGAUUUGCUAUUCCAAUUGUUGUUAAUGAGGAUUCAACUUGCAACAUCUCGCAAGGAAGUGACCUAGCAGAACUUAUAAUUAAAUGCAGCUUAAUCAUAUGGGAUGAGGCUCCCAUGAUGCAUAAGCAUUGUUUUGAAGCACUUGAUAGAACCAUGCGAGAUUUAUUAAGAUUUGCCAAUCCUUUGAGUUCUACUUUGCCGUUUGGUGGCAAGACAGUUGUUUUGGGUGGUGAUUUUCGACAAAUCUUACCUGUAAUACCAAAGGGUACUAGGCACGACAUUGUCCGAGCAUGUGUGAAUUCUUCCUACCUAUGGAAUCAUUGUACCGUUUUAAGACUUACAAAGAACUUAAGGUUGCAGCAGACAAAUUGUCCUCAUGAAAUUUCGCGAUUGUCUACUUUUGCUAAUUGGCUUGCCGAUGUGGGAGAUGGUCAUGUUGGGGGACCAAAUGACGGGCAUGUUGAGAUUGAAAUACCAAGUGAAUACGUCUUGCAUACAAAGGGAGAUCUAAUAAAGACAAUUGUUGAUUGCACAUUUCCUGAUUUUCAUUUGAAGCAACAAGAACCAGAGUUUCUACUUGGAAGAGCCAUCUUAGCACCUACACUUGAAGUUGUUGAUGAAGUAAAUGACUACAUGACUUCAAUGCAUGAUGCAGAAGCACGCACAUAUUACAGCUCUGAUUCAGUUUGCUCUACUGAGAGCUUUCCUGGUAUUGCUGCUUCUUUGCAUACUCCCGAGUUGUUAAAUGGUCUCAAGUGUUCUGGCUUGCCAAAUUAUUCUUUGACUUUGAAGGUCGGGUCUCCAGUUAUGUUGUUGCGGAAUAUAGAUCCUUCAGCUGGCUUGUGUAAUGGCACAAGACUAAUUAUAACAAAGUUGGUUGAGCAUGUUAUCGAAGCAAAAGUUCUAUUCGGCAAUAAUGCUGGGAAUCGUGUGUUGAUUCCACGAUUGACAAUCACACCCUCAGAUACAACUCUCCCAUUUAAAUUUCAACGGAGACAAUUCCCCCUUAUGCUGUCUUACGCUAUGACAAUUAACAAGAGCCAAGGUCAAACACUUUCCAUAGUUGGGUUAUUUCUUAGAAAACCUGUUUUCGUGCAUGGUCAGCUAUACGUGGCGCUUUCUAGAAUAAGCAACCCAAGCGGUCUUAAGGUUCUUACUUGCAAUGAAGAUGGACAGUCUGUUUCUUCGACCACAAAUGUUGUAUACAAGGAAGUGUUUAAUAACUUGUGAGCAAUUUCCAUUGUUAUUUGUUAGUUAAAGCGUGGUUUACAAUUUGGUUUAGAUUGUAACUGCCUCCUACUUUGUUAUAUUUGCUAUAUUGUGAGCAAUAUAUAUAC